CAUCUAUAAAGCCCUUCAGAUGGAAGGUCCAGAUUAAUCAACUUAACGACAUGAUUGAGUGGCAACGAACCAUUACUGGUUUGUCGCGUGACGGGUCAAGUUGACAUCUAUACGUACAAAGUCAUCUCAGCUGAACUCAAAGAGGGAGGCUUUAUCUGAAUUUCUUUCCUGCGGGGGAAAAAAAGUGAAGUAAGGAUGGUCGUUGUUGAGUCCGUUAUCAAGCUCCUUCUCCAAAAGCUCGCUGACUCGCUAAUUCAAGAAGCCAUUUUUCUAGGUGGGGUUCGUGAUCAAGUAGAAUGGCUUAACACAGAGUUUACUCGAAUGCGAUGCUUCUUGAAAGAUGCAGAUGCCAAGCAGGAAGGAGAUGAAAGAGUGAAGAACUGGGUACGGGAGGUGACAGAUGUUGCAUACGAUGCCGAGGACGCGAUCGACACCUUUGUCUUCAAGGUAGCAACCUUGCGGCGAAGUGGUUUUGGGGGUCGCAUUAGAAGGUACGCUUUCAUCUUCAAUGAGUUGAUAGCUCGCCAUGAGGUGGGAUCGGAGAUAGAACGGAUAAAGAAUAAAAUCCGAGCGAUCUCUGAAAGCAGGUCAACUUACGGAAUUGAAAACAUAGGCCAGGGAGCAGGUACAACCUCCACCAGUCUAUGCCUUCAAGACUGGAGGUUCACUUCUCCUCUUGCUCAAGAAACAGAUUUUGUUGGGUUUGACAAGGACUUAAAAGCAUUGGUCGUGAGGUUGACGAAGGGAGAGCUGCGACGUUGUGUUGUUUCUGUAGUCGGAAUGGGUGGUCUCGGUAAGACCACUCUUACCAAGAAAGUCUAUAACACUGAAAGUGUUAAGAAACAUUUUGAUUCUUAUUCAUGGAUUUCUGUCUCACAAGGGUAUACUGCUAGAGAUCUUUUGCAGGUGAUUGUAAGAUGCUGGGCAGUGCUCUCUGACCGAAUGGUGGAAACAAUGACCAUUGCUGAGGUGAGGAAUAAGAUAUCUGAGUAUCUGAAAGACAAGAAAUACUUGGUUGUAUUGGAUGAUAUAUGGACAAAAGAAGCUUGGGAUGCUUUGAAGGAUGCAUUUCCGGAAAUGAACAAUGGAAGCAGGGUCGUGCUCACCACACGAAACCGAGACGUAGCUUUAUAUGCAGAUGCACGAAGCCAGCCCUAUGAACUGCGGUUCUUAAAAGAAGAAGAAAGCUGGGAAUUAUUCUGCAAGAAAACAUCCCCAGGACGAGAAAUCUGUUGCACUCAGGAUUUGGAGCGGCUGCAAAGAGAGAUUGUGGCAAAAUGCCAUGGUUUACCUCUUGCGAUUGUAGUCAUCGGAGGGAUCUUGUCACGUAAAGAACCAUGGGAAUGGGAGAACGUACGCAAGAGCAUCAGCUGGCAGUUUGUGAAGGGAGAAGUCAAUAUCUUUGGCAUAUUAUCUUUGAGCUAUAAAGAUCUGCCCUGUUACUUAAAACCAUGUUUUCUGUAUCUGGGCAAUUUUCCAGAGGACUACGAGUUCCACACCAAGGAAUUAAUUCAACUGUGGGCGGCAGAAGGGUUACUUGAAGAGAGAGGGGAAGAAACGUUGGAAGAGGUUGGAGAAGAUUAUCUAAUGCAGUUGAUUCAGAGAAGUACGAUUCAAGUGGCAAGAAGAAAUUCAAGCGGGGGUAUUAAAAGUUGUCGCAUCCACGAUCUUUUGCGGGAUCUCUCCAUAUCAGAAGGCAAGGAAAGUAAGUUUCUCCAAGUUCACAGUGGGAAUGCGAAUGCUCCUUCUUCGUCUAGAGCCCGUCGACUUGCAAUUCACCAUAAUGACUUAAGUAAGUACAUUUCCUUAAGCUGCUCCACUCCAAACCUACGUUCUGUGUUGAUCUACACCCAAGGUGAAGCUGGGCUUCAAAGAGAACAAGAGAAGUUUCUCUUUAGAGGCUUCAAGUUGCUUAGGGUGUUAUAUCUACAUGGUGUAGAAAUAGUAAAGCUUCCUAGGGAAAUAGGUGAACUAAUCCACUUGAGAUAUCUUGGGUGUACUGAUACUAGGUUAAAAAGCCUCCCAUCAUCCAUAGAUAAUCUUACCAAUUUACAAACUCUGUUCAUAGCAUCAACUUGUUGUUCCAUCAAAGUUCCGAGUACAAUCGGGAAGAUGCAACAGUUAAGACAUCUUCAAGUGAAGGGCGUAGGUCGGGUAGUGAUAGAAGGGCAUCCAAGGCUUGAGGGGAUAAGUAACCUCCAGACUCUAUCAAAAGUAAAGGCUGGCAAAUGGAUGGAGGGUUGUUUGGGAAAGCUCAUUAAUCUUAGAAAAUUAGGAAUAGAAGUAGAUGCGGAGGGAGGAGCUUAUGUUGAGGUAUUCUAUGAAUCCAUUGUCAGAUUGGACUGCCUCCACUCCCUGCGGGUAAUGGCACUAGGCGAACAAUUAGAAACCCCACUAGGUGAACGAUUCGAAACCCUAGGGUUGUUGUUACCUCCUCUUUCACAUCUUUUCAAGUUAAGUAAGUUAAGUUUGGUAGGAAAGUUAGAGAAGUUACCCGAUUCUACUGAAUUCCCAACAAACCUCACCAAGCUCACCUUGGCAGAGUCCUGUUUAAAGAAAGACCCACUGGAGACAUUGGAGAAGCUGAAAAACCUUCGCAUUCUCAGACUAUACAGUUCAUUCCGUGGAGUGGAGAUGGUUUGUGCUGCCCGAGGGUUUCCUCGACUUGAAUACUUAUAUCUUGAACACUUAUAUGACUUAGAGGAGUGGAGAGUGGAGGAAGGAGCUAUGCCAUGUCUUUUACAUUUACGGAUCAAUCACUGCAGGCAACUGAAGAAGUUUCCGGAACAUGUAACUACCCUCAAGAAAUUAGAGUUGUGGGAGAUGCCUGAAGAAUUCGAAGAAAGACUUCGAGAAGAUGGGGGAGAGGAUUGGCAUAAGAUUCGGUACAUACCCUCCAUCCACAUUAGCUAUUCGGGCGACAAUCUGAGCAGUCGGACCUCCUCUCGUUGCGAUAGCUAGAUAGGCAAUUGCUUUUUUACUUUUUCCUUGAACUGUUUAUUUGAGAGGUACCAAUUGAAGGAUUAGGAACUCUCAAUCCGAGGAAAUCCUUCAUCCACAUUGAGAUGUUGGAAAUCAGUGGGCCACACAUGGUGUUAGCCAUAUAGACAGCUCCAUGAAUGGUUUGGAUCAUUCAGGCAUUCUUCGGAUGGCCUUAUAGAAUUGGUCUCCAAGAGUUCAGCGAUGGGAAGGACUCUCGGCUGUCGAUCGAUCAAUAUAGAACAUGCAGCGGCCCCUCUCUACUCAUUUGGUCUCAGACAUGCAAAGCCCCAUCGUACACCGGGUGAGAAGGAGCGAAAUGAGACUCCGUUGUACGUCAUCUUCUUCGGUGAGCAUUUCAAGCGGAAUCCAUGGCUAACGCAGGACAUUGAUUGGCAGUUUAAGAGCCUCGGCCUAAUUGAUGAGAUAUGCAUCUUCCAUCUAUGAAGAAGCGUAUCAAAUCAAAGUUCGAAACUCAGAACUACUGGUGCCACUUGUAACAUCUGUGAAGAUAUUUGGACCAAAUGCACUAAAAACUUCCUGAUUUUAUCCUUCAUUAGUUUUUAAAGUUAAGUAUAUGCUUCAACUUUUACAAAUUUAAGCAUAAAACUUUCCAAUUUUAAUCACAAAUUUCAUUUUAGCAGAGACUGUGAUAAUGUGCACGUGAGGAGCAAGCAGAUAGAGUGAAGAAUGGCAGAAUGGUGACUCGAUGGUGAUGAGAUGUUUGGAUGAAAUUUUCUAAUUGUAAACUGAAGAUUUGUAUUUUUUUUAGUUAGAGAUAUUUCAAUAUGGAACCAUGUGGGAACAUUCAUUAUAUGUUUUAUAAUUCAAUUCCCCAAAAGGGUUGAUUUAAUGUUUGAUUUAUUUGACUGCAUGUAUUGUUUACCUUUAGUUUGUUAGUUGAAAAUGGAAAAUGAAGCAAUAUCUUUAUA